AUGGCUUCAACAAAGAAGCAGCGGGCACGCCGCCAGACAGCGCCAUCAGGCCCACCGAGGGUACCAACCGAAAACGAGACCAAGCCAAUGCUCGAGUCGACGGCCGAAAUUCCACCCGAACCUACUACCAUACUUAAGUUCCAACUUCCCGAGUGGAAUAACGAGCUUGAAUUCUCACAGUGGAUUAAUGACGUCAAAGAUGAUUUAAUUGAGGAGAGCUACGCUUCAUACCAGAACUACCUGGAUGAGCUCCGACAAACAAGAGAUGACCUCGAUAGACUUAUAUUGGUGAACUGUUCGCUAGUUGACACCCUGUCUCGCACGUCUGAGGAAUUCAAAGCCGUGGACCAGCAGACUUCGAAGCUCGAGAAACAAUGCGAAGGACUACAGUCUGCCCAGGAGCGAGACACAAAGCUUGUGAAAGGAAUUCAGAACAAUCUCCCUUACUACGACUUGUUGGACCCUGCAUCUCGCAGACUCAAUGCUCCCGGUGCGGGAAAUACUGUCCGCGAUAAGGAGUUUUCUAGUAUGCUGAGGCAAUUAGACGUGUGCUUGGAUUACAUGGAAACACACCCUGAGCAAAAGGAAGCAGAGACCUAUCGUGCCAGAUACCGGCUUCUAUUGACACGCGCCCUCACCCUGAUCCGUGGCAACUUUGUGACUGCACUUCGAGAAAUCUAUCAGAGCGUCUCGAAGCAAAUUUCAGAUCAAUCUUUGAAUGAUACAGCUCUUUCAGGCUUGCUUUACGCCAAAUUUCGAGUCGGAGCACCGGAAUUGAAAUUGAUCGGAAUUGAAAUCCAAAAGAGAGCCGUCCCUCCGGUCAACCCGAAUCAGAACAACGAAGCAGAGUAUCAAAGUUUGAUGAAUGAGCUGCAUAACAAUUACGCAGCCACUCGCACACGACUCAUUAUUCCGCUUGCCCGCAAAAAACUUAAUGAGAUCAUGCAAACACCCAGUUCGUCGAAAAGCCUGUUAUCGUUUGCUCAGGCCAGCAUCAGCUACAUCCGCGGAAUCUGCUUGGACGAAUACGACCUGUGGGGUGAAUGGUUCCAUGGGAAUGGUGGAUUGUAUGAUUUCCUUGAAACAAUUUGCGAGCCACUAUAUGACCAUCUUCGCCCCCGCAUUAUUCAUGAGACCGAUAUUGUCAGUCUCUGCCAACUGUGCACACUACUUCAAACACGGUACUUCGUGGAUCCUGAAGAUGAAUCCGAACAAACAGAUGCAGCCCACCUCGACUUCUCCACCUUAAUUCAACCUGCUCUGCAAGAUGUCCAAACUCGGUUGGUCUUCCGCGCCCAAGCGGUCCUACGUGAUGAGAUCGAACAAUACAAGCCCCGUCCAGAAGACAUAGAUUACCCUAUGCAUAGUCACCAGGUAUCAUUGAAUGUGACUGACACUCGAAUCACAAGUCAAAAAAACACCACAACAGAAUCUACGGUUGACUCGACCAAAACUGCCAAGGAGGGUGACGAAGUCACCCAAGAGAAGGAUGUGAAAUGGGAUUUCGAGACCCAAACAGUGCUGAAAGGGUGGUAUCCAACCUUGCGGAAAGCUAUUUGGCUUCUCAGUCGGAUUUACCGCCUUGUAAAUUCCACUGUGUUCGACGAUCUCGCGCACCAGAUCGUCCAUCAGACCACAUUGUCUCUCCACAAUGCUAGCAACUUGAUCGCUGGCAAAUCUAACCCUGACGAUGGCAAACUCUUCCUGAUGAGUCACCUCCUCAUUCUCAAGCAACAGAUUGUCGCAUUUGACAUUGAAUAUGUCGCUCCAGAAGUCUCAUUGGACUUUUCCGGUGUGACCAACACGUUUUGGGAACUGCGGGAACGUGGAGGCCUCUUUAACCCUCGGAAUUUGAUGCGCCUCGUCGGUCAUGGUCUCCUCCCGCGUGUAGUGGAGAACAUGCUCGACGCCAAAGUGGAACUGGAUGGCCGCUUGCGAACGGUUAUCAACGAUUUCAUUAACUCAUUUGCCGCUCGCAUGACGGCAUCAUUGCCUACUAAAUUUGUCGAUAGCAGAAAUUUGCGACCUGGAGAACUUAUUCAUCCUUCAUGCCAUACCAUUGAAAAGGAAGUUCCAAAUCUUCGAAAGAAAUUGAACGAAUACAUUGAUGACACUCGUAUGAAAGAGACGCUUGUCGGUGCGGUACAAGAUCGCACUAUCCAGAUCUACGAGGAUUUCUUCGAAAAGUACACCUCAUCGGAGAAAGGAAAGCGUCCUCAUAACAUGAAGAAUAACAAGGGCCGUGAUGAUGCCCUCUGGGAUAUUCAGACUUUUGCCGACUGGUGUGAGGGUGUUUUCCGAGUUGGUGUGGCAGGUUAUCAGUCCGAACAGGUUGAUCUAGCCGAGGAGGAAGAUGAUCUUUCGAGCACACGCUCUUAG